AUGUCCCCAUCUCCCUUCUGUGAAGGGGCGAUCUUAUUAGAAUCGUUCGAAAGAAUACUCAGCUCUUGCGUAUGCGCACAGAAAUUGAACGUGAACGCCAUGGCAGACGCAACCAUAACCUCACCAAAGUCGACAGCAGUCAACGCCGCAGACUCUCAGCCACAGAAAGCCCUGCCAGAAACUAUGCCUACUACUGUGUUCACGGCCAAGGAAGCCGCCUCUGACACUGAGGCAGCGGCUGACAGUCUUGUGGCACCACCUGCCAAAUACCUGCCUGUCUCCCACUGGCGAACCAUCCUCACUGUCCUGUCAUUGACUGUUGGGACACUGCUUGUGGCCAUCGACACCACCAUUAUCAGCGUCGCAAUACCUCAGAUUGCGACCGACUUCACUGCAUUCAGUCACGUCGGCUGGUAUGGCUCGGCAUAUUUGUUUACUGUCACGGCAUUUCAGCCAGCGUUUGGGAGCGUCUUCCGCUUUUUCAACGCCAAAUGGGCAUACUUGGGAUCAGUUGUCAUCUUCGAAGUUGGCUCCAUCCUCUGCGCCGCCGCUCCUGUCUCCGAGGUCUUCAUAUUGGGAAGGGCUGUACAGGGUGUUGGUGCCGCGGGUUUAUAUCAAGGAGCACUGUCAAUCAUUGGCUUCACUGUCCCGCUAGAUAAGCGGCCGAUGAUUAUCGGCAUCGUGCUCAGCGUAUUUGGCUUGGCCGUGUGUUUCGGGCCUCCAGUUGGGGGUAUCCUGACUGAUGAUGUAACUUGGAGAUGGUGCUUCUGGAUAAACCUUCCAAUCGGUGCUGCAGCUUUCGUCUUACUGCUCUUCAUAAUGAAAAUGCCACAGUCUUCUCAGCCAGAGCAAAACCUUAGCUUUAGGGAGAAGGUGGCAAAGUUGGACUUUCUCGGCAUUGUACUCACGAUUGCAGCCGUAUGUUGUCUUGUCUUGGCCUUGCAGUUUGGAUCACAAGAACAAGUGUGGAACUCGAGGAGAAUAAUCGGACUCUUUGUCGGCGCUGGCUUGUUAUUGAUCCUGCUUGGGCUUAGCCAAUGGUGGAAGCAGGAGAGCGCGACAAUUCCUCUACGAAUCUUACGCCAACGAUCCAUCUUCAUGGGCGCACUUUUUCUUUUUUUCUUGGAGAUGGCUAUCUAUGUGUAUCUCUUCUACUUGCCGUUCUAUUUUCAAUCAGCCCAAAUGGUUGAUGCCAAGCAGAGUGGAAUUCGGGCCAUUCCCCUUGGCCUCUCCCAAAUUUUUGCUGUGGUAACUUGUAGUUACCUCGUUACUGUUUUUGGUUACUAUGUUCCCUUCAUGGUGGCAGGCCAAUUGGUCGCCAUAGUUGGCAAUGUGCUGCUCUCCCGAAUCUCCGUCGAUACUGCAACAGCUGUGUGGGCGACAUACCUUGUGAUAACCGGUAUCGGAACUGGUAUGGGGCUACAAAUGCCCUUUACCGCAGUCCAGCUUGUAUUAAGGUGA